AUGGCGGCCUCGGCCCUGUACGCCUGCACCAAGUGUACCCAGCGCUAUCCCUUCGAGGAGCUCUCCCAGGGCCAGCAGCUCUGCAAGGAAUGUCGGAUUGCGCAUCCUAUUGUAAAAUGUACUUACUGCAGAUCAGAAUUUCAACAAGAGAGCAAAACUAAUACAAUUUGUAAGAAGUGUGCUCAAAAUGUGAAGCAAUUUGGCACACCUAAGCCUUGUCAGUACUGUAACAUAAUUGCAGCAUUUAUUGGUACAAAGUGUCAGCGUUGUACAAAUUCAGAAAAAAAAUACGGACCACCUCAGACCUGUGAACAGUGCAAACAACAAUGUGCUUUUGAUCGAAAGGAGGAAGGAAGAAGAAAGGUUGAUGGAAAGUUACUAUGCUGGCUCUGUACUUUAUCAUACAAGAGAGUUUUACAGAAGACAAAAGAACAAAGGAAGAGCCUGGGAUCUUCACAUUCAAACUCAUCUUCUUCAUCUCUUACCGAGAAAGACCAGCAUCAUUCAAAACAUCACCACCACCAUCAUCACCAUCACCAUCGUCACAGCAGUAGCCAUCACAAAAUCAGCAAUCUGAGUCCAGAGCAAGAGCAGGGACUGUGGAAACAGAGCCAUAAAUCCUCUGCAGCAAUUCAGAAUGAAACUCCAAAGAAAAAGCCCAAAUUGGAAUCUAAGCCAUCUAAUGGAGAUAGUAGCUCUAUAAAUCAGUCAGCAGAUAGUGGGGGAACAGACAAUUUUGUCCUUAUAAGUCAACUGAAAGAAGAAGUGAUGUCACUUAAACGUCUCUUACAGCAGAGAGACCAGACCAUUUUAGAAAAAGAUAAAAAGUUAACUGAACUAAAGGCAGACUUUCAGUACCAAGAGUCAAAUUUGAGAACAAAGAUGAACAGUAUGGAAAAAGCUCACAAAGAAACUGUGGAACAACUUCAGGCCAAAAACAGAGAACUACUCAAACAGGUCGCAGCAUUGUCAAAGGGUAAAAAGUUUGACAAAAGUGGAAGCAUACUAACAUCCCCUUGAGAAAGUAGUUAUUCAUGUAGUGUUUCUGCUGAAAAUGUAAAUUUGAGAAAAAUUCUGUGAAGCCCUUAAAUUCUGUGUAGUGGAGAAAUAUUUUUGCACACCAGAUGAAUUGGCGUGUUUCCUAUUCACUUUUGUAACUGAUAUACAGCAUUUUUUAAGUUGUAAAACGUUCAAAUAAAACUUCAACUGGCUUGAAGUUACUUUUUAAUGAUUUGAUAUCCAGGAACUUUUUUGCCAGCAAUAGUAUUAAACACUUGUAAAGGAGUGCAUGAGUCGUGCUCUUUAUAAAAUGCAACAUGCAAUAAUAGAGUAGGUGAUGGUGUUCAGAAGUCAGAGCAGCAGGGCUUUCGGUUUGUUUUGUUUUUUGUUUUACACCAUGUUGAUUUCAGAUAAACAGUUUUCACUUUAGAAAUACAAAAACUUUUAAACAAGGAAAGUGGUAAACACUGGUUUUUUUGGUAAUUGUGUUUUUACUUUGCAUCAACAUGAAUUUAGGAGAAAAUCAUGGUGCUUUUAUUAAAUGAACUUCAGAGUAUAUGUAAAUAUGUUUUUAAAAGUUACAUCAUUAACAUUAGUUAGUAAACUAGUAUUUUCAUUAUUGGUAUAAGAAUUAAUGUUUAUUGUACAGUAUCCAAGGUAAAAUGUGUUCUGUUUUGUACAAACUACUGUAGAUUUUUACUUACAAGUGCCUUUUUGCCACCUAAUGUUUUUAUUUAUAGGAAUGCCGAUCUUUUGUACAUACAGUUUGUUUUAAAAUCAUGUUUAAUAAAUGUUUGUAUAUAAAUGCAUAUGUACAGAAGCCUAUUUCAAAAGGAAAUCAAAGUUGUUAGUAAAAUGUUUGAGAUCACAUUAAGAACUGAUGAUGCAUAUAGACUCUAGAUGAUUUUGUGGUUUGUUUCUGUGUGAUAUGAGAAGCUGUUGGUCACUGAAUUCAUUGAAUUAUGUAAAAGUACAUCCCCCAAAGAUUUAAUUUUAAAUCAUUUCUGAUAGAGUAAUUUUAUUUUUUACAUCAUAUGGCUUCAUGUUCAUAUUUCGUGAGUUACGUGUUCUUUAUUUUUCUUUUAUAAAAACUUAAAAAUUUAUAAUUUUUCUGCAGUGGUCCAUAUAUCUGCCUUUUAUCUAAGUUAAUAUUUAUGUACACCAUAUUUGAUUUGUAAGUUUAAAGCAAAUCUGGAAAAAUUUAAAUAACUUAAAUCAAUCCAUGAGUAUCUUUGAAUAAAUUGGAAUCUACUAUAAGAUACAGGCACUAUUUAUAAGAAAAUUAUAUCAGAGUCUUUAAAAUUGUCUAUAAAGGUUA